GAUGAUGUGGAUGUAGGAGCUGAGAGGCAAGCUGUCUACUCGCUCUUCACGCCCAGUCUUUCCUCAACAACGGUGGCCAGAGUCGGAGAAGAAGAGGGGGAGUCCGGCACAGAGGUGCCCCCUGUCUUCAGACACCUGCUGCUGGCUAGUGGCUGACAUUGAGGACACUGUAUGUCUGUGUCUUUGCAGGAGUGUGUGUGCGCAUGUGAAUGAGUAAAAGACAGGGAGCGUGAGAGGAGAAAUUUCAGCCUGACCCCCCUCUUCUCUGUUGAUGUAAAGGCGCAGGACUUUCUCUCCUUGAAUCUAUGCAUCUGUAACUGAGCAGGAGGGAAGACACACAGACCAAAGAGAGGUUUUAAGGGGAUCUUACACUGCUCAUGCCCCUGCUCUCCUCUCUGAGGGAUGGGCACCACAGAGGCAACUUUACGAAUGGAGAACUUGGAAGUGAAAGACGAGUGGCAGGAUGAAGACUUCCCCAGACCACUACCAGAGUACGGAGACAUGGAUCCCUCUUGUGGUCUCACAGACGACAGAGCCUCCCCUCCUAACUCCCUGAAUGUCAGCCCAACCGGUGGAGGAGGAGGCAGCAGCGGUGGCCUGUCCUCGUCCCACCGUAAACGCCGUACCCUGGUUGCCCCGGAGAUGAACCUUUCACUGGACCAAAGUGAGGGCUCGUUGCUGUCAGAUGACUUCCUGGAUACACCAGAUGACCUGGACAUCAACGUCGAUGACAUUGAUACACCUGAUGAGACCGACUCGCUGGAGUUCAUCACUAAUGGCAACGAGCUGGAGUGGGAAGAUGACACGCCGGUGGCCUCGGCCAAAGCAGGUCCUGCUGACGGUUCGGGAGACAUGGACGAGGAGGGGAAUGCCCACAACGGACGCCUCUGGAGGACGGUGAUUAUCGGAGAACAGGAGCAUCGUAUUGACAUGCAGGUCAUCAGACCCUACCUCCGAGUCAUCACACACGGAGGUUAUUAUGGCGAGGGUCUUAACGCCAUCAUUGUUUUCUCUGCUUGUUACCUGCCUGACAGCAGCUGUCCAGACUAUCACUACAUCAUGGAGAACCUAUUCCUGUUUGUGGUGAGCAGUCUGGAGAUGCUAGUGGCGGAAGAUUACUUGAUUAUCUACAUGAACGGAGCCACUCCUCGGAGUAAAAUGCCUGGAAUCAGCUGGCUCAAGAAAUGUUACCAAAUGAUUGACAGAAGAUUGAGGAAGAACCUGAAGUCUUUGGUCAUUGCUCAUCCUACGUGGUUCAUACGCACCGUCCUGGCAAUAUCCAGGCCCUUUAUCAGUGUUAAGUUCAUGAAUAAGAUCCAGUAUGUCCACAGUCUGGAUGAACUGGCAGAGAUUGUCCCCAUGGAGCACGUCCAUGUCCCAGAGUGUGUGGUGCAAUUUGAUGAGGAGAGGAUUAAAGCACGGAGGGAAAGGAUGGAGCAGGAGCACAAACAACAGGAGCAGCAGUCAAUCCCACAGGAGCCAAUUAAAAAGUCUGAGAGGCCAAAGUCAAUGAUUGUUAAUCAAGGAUUAUGAGAAGUGGACAGCUUCGCGGGUGAAGUGUGUGACAGACAGACGUAUGGAGCAUGACACUUUCUGAACGAUUCCCGUAUGAACCAGUGAGACCAAAUGCCAAACAAAUGCUUCCUUGUAUUUUAUCAACAUCCAGCUGACAAUUUGUGCAGUCAAGACGGUCAACGCUCCGUCUCAUUAACUCUCUGUGUGGAACCCCUUCUUCUUCUCUGUCGGAGGGUUUCACAUUGCAACUUGAAAAUGUACGAAGGAAGUCGUCACUCUGUUACAGGAAGUGUUUCACCAUGAAAACUAUAGUUUGGUUUAUCUAUUCAUAAACACAUCAUCUGCUGUGUGAUCGGACAUAUUGUAUAGCUUACAUUGUAAUAUUGUAAGGUUCUUGAAAACCAGGACACAAUACAACACAAUAUUGUAACUCUAAUUAUGGAAUCUCAUGUUGUAAUUUCAUGUUGUAAAGGAUUACAACUUUAAAAUUUUACAAUUUUACUAAUAAUGAAAUCAAUAUAAUAAAUUAAAUGGAAAAAGCUGACUUUUACAAAACAAUCUGAAAAUCUGACAAUUGGAUAACCUAGAAGCAUUUUGCCUGAAACUAGUGAUGUGUACAUAUGUAAUGAGAGAUGUAACAAUUGGCAAGACCAGAGAUGUCUAACAGCUACAUUAGUGAUGUAACAGAUGCUGGUCUCUGGAAAUAUAACGUGUGUUAGAUGUAAAUAACAAUGCAUCAGUAGCCUUCUUUAUUCUUCAUAAGUUUUGCCUCAUAACUGCUGUAUGAUAAUUCCUUUGCUGUAUUGACAUUUUGAAAAUGUCAAAUGUAUUAACAUCUGUACUCUACCUUGUGCCUCAGUCUUAUUGUGCUUAGAAAAUACACAAACAUGAUCAAUAUUUUACAUUUUGUGGCCUGAAAAACCCAUAUGAGAAAAUUAUGAAAAGAAAAAGAAUUAUACCAUAAAAAUGUUGUAAAAUACAAUGCUUGUUUAUUUUGUGUAACAUGGUUAUGGUAAAAUAAAUAGAUGUCAUACAACAUCAAAGAAAUAUUCUUUAUAUUAAUAUUUAGACUGUAUUCCACAUAUAAUUGGUACAUUCUAGUAUAUGUAAUGAAAAGGAAAAGCGUGUUCAAACUUUUGAUUCAUUUGUAUAAGAUAAUAGUAAUACUAACACACCAUAUACAAAAUAUCUGCAGAUAAUGUUGUUGGACAUUUGUAUGAAAGUGGCCAUAAUCCAGACAAUAAUACAAAAACAUUGUACACAAUGAUUGCAUAUUAAUUUUCAUAAAUCCUGCUUUUGUAUGGGAACAUUUGCUGUCAGCUCAGAUUCUGAAAACAUGUUCUGACCACCAACUUGAUGAAGUAUAAAGUGGUUCUUAUUUCAGAUUUAUAAAGUUUAUAAAGCUUAUGUGGAGAUUUAGAAAAGUUAAGUUCAUUUUAGCAGAGGGACAUUCACUUAUGUUUUUUAGUGUGAUUGUUUCUGAUGAACAUUUGGGACAAUAUGAGCACAUUCUCAUACUUAACAGAAGUUUAAACAUUUAUCAAACAUCUUAAUGCAUUGAAUUGCAUGUUUUCUAGGGUUACAUUAAUUUCCUCUCAUGUCUUCCAUCCGUUCAACUUAUUGUAGCAGGAGGGCAGAGGAUUGCACUAUUGGAUUUGGUUAUGUUUAAGAAGAGAAACGUUCUACUAAAGUUUAUAUUGUGUUGUUAAAUAGAAUAACUGAUGACAUGCAGUUGUGUAGCUGUUAGCAAAGCAUGGAUAUGUUUAUUCUUUUUUGUACAGAAAAUAGGACUCAUGAAAUGUCUGUUUCUGAUGUUCCAUCUCAGUUCUGUUCUUUUGCCUUUCUGAUAAAAGAAUGUUAAAAGAAAGUCUAACUUUUCAAUUAUUUUCAGUCAUGUUAGGCUGUUUUCACACGAGUAAACCAAACCUGAGCUGCUUCAUUUGAUGAAACUGCUCAGGUUUGGUAUUCGUCACAGCUCGUCAUUCUUUGUGUUUGAGGUUUGUUUGCUGUACUGAGUGCCUAUUUUUUAACCAAAUGAGUAAAAAAAAAUCCAGAAAAAGUUAAGGAAAAUUAUAAAUUUUCGCUUUUAAAGUUAUUGUAGUAUAUAGGAUUGGUCACACCCAUUCUUAUAAGCAAGAUUUGCCUCAAAAUAGUUGAUAUGACUUUUCAAAAAAUCAAAAUGUUCAUUUUGUCUAUAAAAACACGAUAUUCAUUUAUCUUUGCCUGCAUUUGUGUGCUGUAAAAUGCUCAGAUUUAAAUGGGAAAUGGCAAUCUUAAGAUUGCAAUGGUUAGUUCUGCCUUGUAAAUAUAACUGAAUAAACUGUUCCUCCCAAA